CCUCCAUGAGGCCCAACGCUCCUGUUUGUCUCACCUCUCUUUCUGUUCCCACAACCCAUGUCAGACCCACCGAGUUCCUCGACGAGCGCAUCCGAGUCAGAAAAGCUGGCGCAUGUGGGGUCUGGGGGAGAGAAGAGCGUCGCUGGCACGAGCGGCGAUGUUGCGGAGGUUGAGGUUGAGUACGUGAAGGGCGUGCAGCUGGCGCUCCUUAUCGUGGCACUGUCUCUCACAGUUUUGCUUGUCGCUCUCGACAACCUGAUUGUCACCACCGCGAUCCCAAAGAUAACCGACGAUUUCAAUUCGCUUGCCGAUGUUGGCUGGGUGAGAGCUACUUGUGUUCUCAAUUUCCCAAUCGCUCACUCUUUUCACAGUACGGUAGCGCGUGAGUGCACAGCAGGCUUAGAGGGAGAGGGCCGACAAUCUCAGGCUGAACAUUCCAGUUACUUUCUCGGCAUCGCUGCCACUCAGCUGCUGUUCGGCAAGUUCUACACGCUGUUGCCAAAGAAAGGGGUUUUCAUUGUCGCCAUCAUCCUGUUCGAGAUCGGGAGUGCUGUGUGCGGGGCGGCCAAGUCCUCGAACGCUCUGAUCGUCGGGCGGGCCAUUGCAGGAUUGGGUUCCGCAGGCGAGUGGAGUCCUCUCGUGCUAUCAGAAAUCUGCUCCCUCGGACUUACUGCAGCCGAAUGCGUGGCCCUGCCUAAGCGCCCGAUGUUCAACGGACUGUUUGGCGCGAUGUACGGCGUGGCGAGUGUUGCUGGGCCUUUGGUUGGUGGCGCCUUCACUGACAAAGUCACCUGGAGAUGGCAGAUCAACCUCCCCAUCGGUGGUAUCAGCCUUGCCUUUCUCCUUUUCUUCUUCCACAUGCCAGCUCACUCAAAGCCUGCCACGCGUGAAGGUGUGCCGUUCUCAGAGAGACUUAAGGAAUUCGAUCCACUCGGAACAAUAACGUUCAUCCCCGCGAUCGUCUGUCUGCUUCUGGGCCUCCAAUGGGGCGGGUCAAAGUACCCGUGGCAUGACGGCAGAAUCAUCGCACUCUUCACCCUCUUCGGCGUACUUCUUGCUGCGUUCCUCGGAAUCCAGCUAUUCAUCCGGCAGGAGCAGGCGACGGUCCCUCCCCACGUGAUGCGUCAAAGGAGCAUGGCUGCUGGAGUACUGUUCACGGUGUGUCAAGGCGGCUCUUUCUUCUUGUUUGUGUACUACCUUCCCAUCUGGUUCCAAGCGAUCAAAGGCGCGAGCCCACUCAAGUCUGGCAUUGACUGUAUCCCGCUGGACCUCGCGGUGGUGAUUGCGGUGAUGUUCACCGGCGGCGCGGUCAGCAAGAGCGGGUACUACACGCCGUUCAUGAUCAUCUCCAGCGUGCUUAUGCCGAUCGGCGCGGGGCUGCUGACGACCUUCACGGUCAGCACAGGCCACGCGCACUGGAUCGGGUACCAAGUGCUCUACGGCCUCGGCGUGGGCUUCGGCCUGCAGCUCGCCGUCACCGCCGCCCAGGCCGUGCUGCACCCCAAGGACAUCGCGAUCGGCAUGAAUCUGAUCACCUUUGCGCAGAUGCUGGGCGGCGCGGUGUUCGUCGCGGUCGGACAGAAUGUGUUCCAGAAUAAGCUGAUCCAUGGGAUCGCUGCGAACGUGCCCGGUGUGGAUCCGCACAAUGUGCUGAACACGGGGGCUACGUCUCUCCAGGACCGCAUCCCGCCGCAAUAUAUCGGCGCUGUGUUGUUCGAAUACAAUGCGGCGCUCAUGGCGGCGUUCCAGGUCGGGCUCAUCCUCGCGUGCAUCUCGAUUUUGGGAUCAGCUGCGAUGGAGUGGGUCAACAUCAAAGGCAGAAAUGUUGAAAUGGGGGGUAUAGCGUAGAUGUUCAAGUCAACUAAAGUGUAAUCGUAUGUCAUAAUUGUACUAUAUGUAUCGCAUCGUCCAUGUCGCUCAAAUACUUUCGCCCCGUCCUCCUGAUUCACUGAAUCUUGACUCAGACAGCCAUGUCUCAUGAAGAAAUGUAGUCCUGCGUGUCCGCCUCGGACCUGUCAAGAACUGUUUCUCUAUCAACCUAUAGCCCGCCCAACAACUUCUGUAAUCCGACAUGUCCUGGGCCUACAUGCCAUACAUCAGGUCGAGGCCAGAGAUCGAGCCCAGGCCGAUGCGUCCAAAGAAGGGUGGAAAGACUACAAAUGAGGCAGAGCGUAGCCUACCCGACAUUGGCUUUGAGUUUCCACAGCCCGACCUCACGCUCGGAAGCGCUAGCCUUCUUCCCCUCGCUCACCCCGGACUUCCUGGAGCUCAUGACGUCACGACUGAGCGACUGAAUCCGCACUCGCCUCCAUCGUAUAGCUCCACCUCUCCGGCCUCCCAAUCUCAGUCCGCAACCCCUUCCUCACAUCCAUCCCCACUUGCACCCGACCACCACCACCAGCAGGAGCACAGUAAACAGAUGAUGAUGUCACCGGGUGCACCGGAAGCAGUGCGAUCCCCUUCAAGCGACCGCAUCCUCGACCCCUGGGGCGGCAUCGCCGGCGUCGAGCAGAGCAGCAUCGAGCCGGGUACCGCACCGCCGUUCAUUCAGGCGCGCUAUGCGGCGCUGCAGGACGUCGCGGCAGGCGCCAACGCACAGCCCGACAUCGGGGAGGGAUCCGAGCAGACGCACGACGAGUACAUGCACAUGCGCGGAGAUGAUAGGGGCGCGGAGUCUCGUCUUCCAACCACAGCCCCUGCCGACCUUCCUGCGCCUGAAUCCGCGCUUGAACCGACAUCGUUCGUGCAGGCGCGCUACACGGCAUUGCAGGAUGUUGCGAAUGGCGCGAAUGCGCGGCCGGAUAUCGGCGAGGGGUCGGAGCAGACGCACGACGAGUAUGCUGCUGCUGCGGGGCAGAGUUCCGAGCUAGAUCGAAACGAUGCGUACGGCGGGCUUGGUGGUGUCGAGGGUGAGAGCGUCAACCAGCCUGACUCGGCGGCCGGGCAGGCGGUUGCACGGGACGUGAACAUGGAGAAAAUCGAUGGACUGGAUCGCUCUGCCGACGUGGAGGAUAACUCGGGAUCGCGGCUGCCCGGUGUCACUGGCCUCAUCGCCCGCCGCGCAGAGCUGCUCGCCCGCGACGCCCACACGCCCGCCAUCAACAUCAGCGAGCCGCCUGAGCCGCGCGAUGACGAGCCGAAGCAGAGUCACGGCAGCCGGCUCGUGUCCAUCCCGCCGACGCCGUCGUCGACACGCGCGAUCAAGUCGCCCUCGCGGCUGUCCAUCGGAAGCGAUGUGUCGACGUACACGAAGGACGAUGAUCUGCCCAGCGCCAGCGACGAGACUGAGCCAGGGAACGGGAACGGGGGUGAAAAUGCGACCAACGCAAAUGGAUUCACGCAGCGGUUGGUGAAGCGGUUGAAGCAGAAGUUGAUGUGAUACGGCCGAGUCUCAAGACGGUGUGCGAGCGGAUUGUAUGUAAGUUAUUGGAGUGACCUAUUUCGAGUAGUGUUGUCACGCAAGGAUGUCAUGCCGUCACAACUCUUGCAAAAAGAUGUAUCCAUGUCCUGCUCUGGACUUUUUCGUUUCAGCUAAGGUUGUGAAA